ACUCUUAGGUCAAAAUGGCGGGCCAACCUGCAGUUGCAGCAUCAAGCAAAUGGCUGGAUGGUUUCCGGAAGUGGUAUUAUAAUGCAGCGGGCUUCAAUAAACUGGGGUUAAUGCGAGAUGACACAAUGCAUGAAACUGAAGAUGUAAAAGAAGCCAUAAGAAGGCUGCCUGAGAACCUUUAUAAUGACAGAAUGUUUCGAAUUAAGAGAGCCCUAGACCUGUCCAUGAGGCAUCAGAUCUUGCCUAAGGAUCAGUGGACAAAAUAUGAGGAGGACAAAUUCUACCUUGAACUCUAUCUGAAAGAAGUUAUUCGGGAAAGAAAGGAGAGAGAAGAGUGGGCAAAGAAGUGAUCUUGUAGUUAAGAUCUGUGGGUGCGCCUGGUCUCACCCUAUUUUAU